UUUGCCUUUGCCUUGCCUUGCCUUUCUUUUCCUCUCGCUCUCCGCCUCGCCUUCCCCCUCUCCUCCUCGACUCGAGCCGCUUCUUCCACCCACCUCCCCCUCCUCCUUCUCACUCGCCCCUCUCCUCCGAGACGAGCGCAGCGCGGGGUGGGCCGGAAUGCCUGCGCAGAAGCGCCCGCUCCCGCCGUCCGCUGGCGGCGACCAGGACGGCAACCACGUCGAGGAGGAAGCUCACGGCGCCGCUGUUUCUGGCACCGAGGCCGGCGGCGGCGGAGGCGGAGGCGGAGCGCGCUCCCCGAAGGUGGUGGCCGCCAACGGAGCCGGCCCCGCGGAGCUGGCCAAGGAGCGCCGCGACGGUGAUUCCGAUGCGGCGGAGGAGGCGCUGCAGCAGGUGGAAGGCGGCGUCGGCGGCGGGGUCGACGACGAAGAACGCGACGACGACGACAGCGAGUCGUCGGAGAGCGAAGGCGACAUGGACGAGUUUAUAGUAGUGAAACUAAUGGACAUACGGAAGGAAGUGCAGUGCCCUAUAUGCUUAGGCAUUAUCCGGAAAACAAGAACUGUUAUGGAGUGUUUGCACCGGUUUUGUAGGGAUUGCAUAGAUAAGUCAAUGCGGCUUGGAAAUAAUGAAUGCCCAGCAUGCCGCACUCAUUGCAAGAGCAGACGUUCCUUGAGGGAUGAUCCUAAUUUUGAUGCUUUAAUUUUGGCUUUAUAUCCAGAUAUUGACAAGUAUGAGGAAGAGGAACUCGCUUUUGGUGAAGAGGAGAAGACUCGCAACAAAAAGAUUCAAGAAUCCAUUGCCGAAACGUUUCGACGACAAACGGAAGCACUUGUGAAGAAGCGUUCCACUGCAAAAGCAAUUGCUUCUUCAAGAAAGACUCGGGGGAAUCUGCGGGCAAAGAGGAGAGGACGAACUAGUUCACCUGAUAUUGUCACAUCUGAUAUUGAUGACGAGGAUAAAGAAGAAAAUGGCAAUGAUGGCAGCAAAGAGUCGUCUUCUGUCGAUGAUCGUUCUCCAGAUGUAAAGGUAAAAAGAGCUCGGAGGUGGCCUGUGCCACGCCCAUCCCCUUCGAAGACUAUUGGCAGUAUCGAUGGUACCUAUGAGGGUAACGAUGAUCUGGGAGGUGUCAGAGAUAUCUUGACUACUUCUCCACUAAGGGGAGAGAUGCCUGCCUGGGGCAAAAAUGGCACCCGCAGUCAAACUAGUAGACAUGGCAAUUCUGGCGGUUCCAGUGGAAGAAUGGUAAAGAGUGGGCGUGUUGCCAAGAUGGUGGACCAUCUCCGUAAUGCCGAUGAAUCUGAUAGUAAGUUGUAUCUUGUUCUAAGUCCACUUGAUGGACAAAAUAUGCCUAAAUUGGAGAAGCCCUAUCUCAGUUGUCAUUCUACAUUCUCUGUUAGCCAUCUAUGCCAGUUUGUUGCUCUUCAGUUGUCACGGCAAGCCAAAGAAGUUGAGAUAUACAUUAGGAAGAACCCCGGAAACAAAUGCUUUGCAAUGAAAGACACCGAUGCAGCCGAGGAAAAGCUGGAUCUGUUCAAUGGCUUAGAAAGAUUGAAGGAAGAGGAAUCACUUGCAGAACUAUACCCUGCGUUUGCCUCUCGUCAGGGGGACCUGGAACUGAUGUACGCUCUGAGAACUCAAGGCUAGAUCAAAUCUGUGGCACCAGCUCCCUCCUGCAGUACUUGACGAAUCACCGCUUGAUACCAUGGCCUGCAGGGAUGUACAUGCGGUGAAAAGCCUGUACAUAGGUCAUUCAAUAUAGCAAAAAUGGGGACAAAGUUAGCGUUUCUUGAUGAUCGUGUCUUAUUUAUUUGACUUAAUUGUGUUAUCUUGUGAAGUAUACCUGGUUCUUCGUUGGUUUAAAACCAUAAAAUUGACUGGUUAAACUGAGUAGAAGUGUAAAACUGGCUAAUCAAAGGUACCUGGUUCCAUCCUUCGAUGUAAUUGAUGCUGCCGCGCAUGCAGCGUGAUUCUUGCGUGAUGUCUGUCUAAUAUUAAACCCUGAGCUGAUUUUAA